AUGGUACAUGAACUUAUAAGCCAUCAUAGAUGGAAGAGGAACACCAUCUUCCAGCAUUUUAAUCAAAGCGAUGCUGAGAAGAUACUGAAUAUUCCUUUAAGCCUGAUGGGGAGGGAGGACAACUACUAUUGGCAGCAUAAUCCAGGGGGAACCUAUACUGUCAGCUCAGGCUACAAAUGUUUAAUGAAAGAGCGUACCAAAGCUAGGCAGAUAGUACCAGAGGCAGCUGGACCAAGCAUCACAGGAGAAGGUCAGCAAGUUCGACAAAUGUGGAACACCUUGUGGAAGCUCAACAUCAAACAUAAGGUGAAGAUAUUCAUCUGGAAAUGUUUAACAGGGGCACUACCAGUAAGAGCAGCAAUUUUUAGGAAAACAAGUUUGGGAGAUCCUGUGUGUAGAUUAUGUGGGGAGGACCAGGAAACAGUUGAACACUUAUUGCUAAACUGCCACCACACGCAGCAGGUAUGGAAGGCAGCUCCAUUACAAUGGGAUGGUGCUGUUGAUCAAACAGGGGAUUUCAAAAGGUGGUGGAUCAGAAUUUCAGAAGCAAGGAAUAGGCAUGGAGGGAUGGAACACAUUGGCCUGACUGCCAAUAUCUUAUGGCAGUUGUGGAAAGAAAGAAAUAGCAAGGAAUUUGAAAACAAGACCAGCUGCUCUCCAGUUCGGACAAUUGUUAAAGCUCAAAAAGAGUGGCUGGAGCAAGAGGAAGUUAUGAAAGGCAAAACUAGACUGAGCACAAGAGAAACAUCUUUAAAUCAGGAUGAGCAAUACCAGGGGAGCAAUGAAGAGGACACCAUCAAGCUGGAGGUGGCUACAACAAGCCAGAAUGGUCAGGAACCACUGGGGAUAGGAGUCACAGCUACCAAGUACCCAAGUAUUAGACUUGCGGAAUGGGCACUCAAGGAGCGAAGUAAGGGUGACAAAGUCAUAGAUGAAGCAGUGGCUGUCCAUCUGGUCUUGUGCAAAGCUUUAGAGCAUCAGUGGAGCAGAAUAACGAUUCAGUUCCAAAGCCAGGACCUUAUGCGACAGUUAAAACACAAUAGCCCCUCUAACAGUAGGCUAGCUACCUUGAUAGACGACAUACUGAGCAUGCAAAAGUUGUUUCGAAUGUGCUUGUUUAGAUUGGCUAAUGAAGAUAGUAUUACACGAGCUAGAGCUUUAAGUUCUUAUGCCUUUGGCAUUUUAGUGGAUGAGGAAUGGAAUUUCCUCGGUGCCUGA